UGCGCGUUCCCGCCCGGGGUCCUGCAGGGCGGCCUCGGGCGCUCCCCGGGAAGGGUCCUGAGCGCGGGGCAGCCAGGCGGGAGCACAGGUCCAAACCUGUUUCUUCAUUUAAGGAGAAAGGAAAUGUCUCUUGGCCGAAGUCAAGAUUGAACUUCGCACAUGGUGGUUGUGAGCGGAUGGGCGUGAGGUCGAUCUCUGCAUGGAACAGGGAAGGUCUAGGGUCAGACUAAGUGUUGCUGGAGGAUCCGAUCCGCAAGGUGGCCAUGGCUAACUCAUGACAGCGUGUAAGGUUUGUGCGCCUAGGCGGUCCUCGCGAGGCACCGAGGCUCCUGAAAAUGUGUUAGGUAAGGCGUUGGUCCGAAGUGGGAAAUAGGGUGUCGUUUUAGACUUAGCGGAAGUGGAGUACAGGAAAGCUUUAUGCAGUUCUCCCAUCAGUUGUGAAUGUCGUUAUAAUGCGGAUCUCGCAGCUUCUAUGGUUCUGCGAUCUAAAGGUCAUGAAACGAGUGCGUACUGAACAGAUUCAGAUGGCAGUGUCCUGCUACCUCAAACGCCGGCAAUACGUGGACUCAGACGGUCCCCUGAAGCAAGGACUGCGGCUGUCACAGACUGCUGAGGAGAUGGCGGCCAAUCUCACAGUCCAGUCAGAAUCUGGAUGUGGCAACAUAGUGUCUGCAGCCCCAUGCCAGGCAGAGCCCCAGCAAUAUGAAGUACAGUUUGGACGACUGCGGAAUUUUCUCACUGAUUCUGAUUCCCAGCAUAGUCAUGAAGUGAUGCCUCUCCUCUAUCCUCUCUUUGUCUACCUCCAUCUCAACCUGGUCCAGAACAGCCCGAAGAGCACAGUGGAAAGUUUUUACAGCCGCUUCCAUGGAAUGUUUCUGCAGAACGCUAGCCAGAAGGAUGUCAUUGAGCAGCUACAGACCACUCAAACCAUCCAGGACAUCCUGUCUAACUUCAAGCUUCGAGCAUUCCUAGAUAAUAAGUACGUGGUCCGUCUCCAAGAAGACAGCUACAACUACCUUAUCCGCUACCUCCAAAGUGACAACAACACCGCCCUGUGCAAAGUCCUCACCCUGCAUAUCCAUCUUGAUGUGCAGCCUGCCAAGAGAACAGACUACCAACUCUAUGCCAGCAGCAGCUCCUCGCGAAGUGAGGGCAACGGCUUAGAGCCUGCUGACAUGCCCGCCCCUAUUCUGCAGAACGAGGCUGCCCUGGAGGUCUUGCAGGAGAGCAUUAAGCGCGUCAAGGAUGGCCCCCCCUCCCUCACUACCAUCUGUUUCUAUGCCUUCUAUAACACAGAGCAGCUGUUGAACACUGCAGAAAUCUCCCCAGAUAGCAAGCUGCUUGCUGCUGGGUUUGACAACUCCUGUAUAAAACUAUGGAGUUUACGAUCCAAGAAGUUAAAAUCAGAACCCCAUCAAGUAGACGUGUCCCGCAUCCACUUGGCUUGUGAUAUUCUGGAGGAGGAGGAUGAUGAGGAUGAUAACGCAGGCACAGAGAUGAAGAUACUGAGGGGACACUGUGGACCAGUGUACAGCACGAGGUUCCUCGCAGACAGCUCAGGGUUGCUCUCUUGUUCUGAAGACAUGUCCAUUAGGUACUGGGACCUCGGGAGUUUCACCAACACUGUGUUGUACCAAGGACAUGCCUACCCUGUGUGGGACCUGGACAUUAGCCCAUAUAGCCUGUACUUUGCCAGCGGGUCCCAUGACCGCACUGCAAGGCUGUGGUCAUUUGAUCGGACGUACCCGCUGAGAAUAUAUGCAGGACACCUGGCAGACGUGGACUGUGUCAAAUUCCACCCUAAUUCAAACUACUUAGCUACAGGCUCAACCGACAAGACUGUCCGGCUGUGGAGUGCUCAGCAGGGGAACUCGGUGAGGCUCUUCACAGGCCACCGCGGCCCUGUGCUUUCUCUUGCCUUUUCUCCCAACGGUAAGUACUUGGCAUCAGCUGGCGAGGACCAGCGGUUGAAGCUAUGGGACUUGGCUUCGGGGACCCUUUAUAAAGAAUUAAGAGGCCACACGGACAAUAUCACCAGCCUUACCUUCAGUCCGGACAGUAGUUUGAUUGCCUCUGCAUCCAUGGACAACUCGGUGCGAGUCUGGGACAUUAGGAACACUUACUGCAGUGCACCUGCUGAUGGCUCCUCCGGUGAACUUGUGGGUGUAUACACCGGGCAGAUGAGCAAUGUACUGAGUGUGCAGUUCAUGGCCUGUAACCUUCUUCUAGUGACUGGAAUCACACAAGAAAAUCAGGAACAUUAAUUUUUUAUCUUUGUUGUAACGGACUGGGGCAUUGGUGGAAGGCCUCCAGAUUGCAAGUCUUAGACAAACUGAGAUUGAAUCACUGACUGACUGUGAAAGAUUCCCCACUUCUCCUACUUCUCCUGUGCAGACAUCCUGAGCACAUUACCCCUUCACCAGCCCCCCAAAUGUCGAAGGACCUGGGGGGUAGGAAAGGCGGUGAUAAGUGGACUUGAGAUCAAGAAUUAAGAUGCUCUGGAGGUGAGAUUGCAGUUCUUACAAAGAUCCCACUGUGUCCUCAUGCAAGCACCUUCUUGUCUCUUUCCCGUUUGUAAAACCGAGAUGCUGCUUACCUCGCUGGGUGCUGCAUUUGGUCCGAGGAUGGUGGCAGAGCACUCUCACAAGGAGCAGUGCUACAGGGUCACGUGUUAUCAGUCACUCGGGUGGAAGGGAAUCUUUAUUGGUGUAGGAAUGUGGGGUGGGAACUAGGAAGGGGGGGGAUAAUCCUGGCAAAAAGUCUUUCCUUUUCCAUAAUUAAAGAGAACCAGGAUUUUUUAUUAUUGUUAUUAUAAUUAUAAUUAUUAUUAUUGAGAAGAGGAAACCUAGCACUGGCAGAGGGGCCUUCUCUGCUCUCAUCUUUCAGGUUUUACUCCUGGCACUGGCUGUGAUACUUGGAAUUUUGAGGAUCAGGGAAUUCAGAGAAUUUGGUAGCACAGUGUAUUGGGAGAAAGGGAAAAUUUCUGGGUGACAGAUUGAUCACUCCAGCUGACAUGUUUCUAGAAGUAUGUGGGUGGAUUUGAUUGAGAAAGUCUUGGGCUCUUGCAGUGAUGGUCGGAAGGAAAGAUUCUUUUCAUGGCUGCACUUCUAUUAACAGUUCUCUCCCCUGAAAGGACAAGUUGUGGUAAAGAAAUGAAAAUAAUUUAAAGUGAUAAGUAAAAGAUAGAUUUAGAAAAUGUUGAAUUUCCAAAUGACCGUUUAUUCAGAAGUGUGGCUUUUUCAACAUCUUUUUCUCCUGAGAUCAUCCACUCCCACCUCUUGCAUUGCAAUAGCAGUUUAAUGAACACUUUGUGAAACAAAUCAUAAGUACGUACGCACGCAUAUAAAACUAUGCUUUGAGGAUAAAGCAAGUUCUAAUUUGUGGAAAAAGGAUUAAAUAUUUCUGUUUUCUGAAAAGAGUUAUUUUGUAUUUUGUUUUCUAUUAAAAUGUAUUUAGUUUCAAAAAAAAAAAAAAGUGUUGGCAUCUCAUUUAAACUGUGAGGACAGGCGGGUGUGUGGUCUGUCCUUGGGUGACGUGUAGCUCACCUCUCAUACCAGCCCCAGUGGAGGCGCAUUCUCAUCUGUUCUUGUAUGCUGUUCAGCUUACUCUGAAUCAUGAUUCCUCUCUGCAUUCACGUGGAUCACUGAUAGUAUUUAAUACUGUUUAUACAUCCAAGAUUGCCAGUUGCUGACCGGAGCCAACAUGUAUUUUACCAUCUAGAGUUAUUUGGUAAGAUCCUACUUCCCGUUUUCUUUAAAGACCCUAUUAUAAAAUCUCUAAGGGACAUAAGAACUGUGUUAUUUAAUUAACCAAGUAUUUAUUGAACAAUCCCAGAAAAAGGACUCAUUUGAGGAUUUAAAUAAUGCCAGAAUUUUAAAAAUGUACUUUGAAACAUAAUUUUCUGACAAGGACACCAAAAAUUAUCAGAAAAUUAAUAGGAAGACUCUAGAAUUCUAUGCCAAAAAAAAUUUUUUUUCACUUGAGCCUAAGAUGCUAGUUAAUAGGAAAUAUUUCUUAUUGAUAAAAAUCCACAUAUUUGCGAUAUUGUAAGAAAGAUCCUUCGGUAACUUAGCCAGAUAGCAUCACCUUCCACAUGGUCUACAGGUAAAGCCUAGAAUUCAAAUGUGUUCUUAUCUGUAAUAAGUGAAUUCUUCAGUUAGAUUGUGUGGUAUAUUGCUAGAAACAAUGAAAUCCCUAAAUUGGGCUGGAUCAUUCUCAGAAGUGAAAAUAUCACUGAUCAGGGGUGAUUUGGAAAGGUUUUGUGUGUUUUUUUAUUGCAGAAUUUCUUUGAUUAAACACAAAAAUGUAUUAGGUUUGCUAGUCUUCAUGUUACCAAUCAUGUAUGUACUUGUUGAUUUCAGUUCAAGCUCUUAAUGAUCUGCAUAUUUGGCUUUUUUUUCUUUUGUCAACUAAUUUUAAUGGGAGGUAAUUUAACUUUAUAGAAUGCCCCUCACAACUUCCCCAAAAUGUUAGAAAUAUUAUAAGGGGUAUGUAUGUGUGUGUAUGUCCAUAAGGGUGCAUAAGAACAUGGUUACACUCUUCAGGUUGCUCUGUUACAUUGUUUUAUUUUAUCUCCAGAGCAAUCCUGUGAGGCUGAGAGGACUGGUGAUAUUACCAUUUUUUAAGUGAAAUACCUAAAGCCCAGAAAAACUGUAUUAUCUAUCUACACCCCACAUGGAAUAGUCACAUGUUUUGGAUGUGUUAGAUAGAGGAUCUAUAUUCAGUAUCCUCAAGUUCUAACUAGAGGAUAUAGCCCUGAAGAUAGAAAAACUAUUUUAAAAAACCCUCCAAAAAGGAAAUAUGACUAUAAAUAGAUUAUUUAACAAGCAUAUAUAUAGUGCUUACUAUCUGCCAGAAACUACUACAAGAGCUUUAUGAAAAUUAACUUGUUUUAUCUCCAUAAGAAUGCUAUGAGGUAUCCCCAUUUUGCAGAUGAGGAGUCUGAGGCACUGAUAAAUUGUCACUUGCCAAAAAGGUCACACAGCUACUAAUCAAUGAAGCCAGAAUGUGAACCUGGGCAUUCUGGCUCCAGAGUCCAUGUUCUUCUCCAUGCUGUCUCCCUUCAUUCCUGCAGUUGUAGUAACUAAAUGUUCCUGCAGUAGUUAUAAGACUUGUGCUUCUCUUUGCCAAAUAAAUGAACAGCCACAAAUAGCAUCAGGAGCUGGCAGUAAGAAUAAACUUAAACAAUAUAUGGCCAAAAGAAACUUAAGAAUAGUUAUUUUGAACCACAGUGAUAUAAAGGUGGGGGGGAAAAAACAGCUGAAAUUUCUUAGAUUGACAGGCUCAGAAAAUCUGACUGUAAUUUUAAUUUAGAAGUGGACUGCCAAACAAAAGAGAGAGAAAAUUAGGAUAAAGGGAAGUAAUGAAAAGAGAUGAAACAGGAAACAAUUUAAAGUUUUUAUAUUCAAGAUCCAAAUUCUAAGGAUAUCCGUGAUUUAGUCAUGUAUUAAAAAUGUCUUGGUUGUAUAAAAAAAAUCUACUAAGUAUAUAGGCUUCUAAUUUUGCUGUUGCCCAGACUGGUAUUUAAGUAUAUGGAUUAAAAGAUGAAUCUGUACUUCAA